ACUAAGGAGUAUUAUUUGUGAGACUAUAGACUGUCAGUCUGUAUUUGAAUCUCUUUGUAUUUGAUCGAAUAAGAUUAUUACUGAACUUCUUGCAAACUUCAAUUCAUUCAUUCUACAAAUUAACAUAGAGAAAGUUGAAAGUUUUUGAGAACUUAGAAAAGAAAAAGAGAAGAAAAUACAAGUAAAGGGAAGGAGUUAGAAGAAGAUGGGUUUCUUGUCACUCUUUGAAGUGUCAUCAAUGCCUAUUUUGCAAGUCCUAAUAAUCAGUGGAUUAGGAGCAUUUUUGGCAACAGGGUACUGCAAUCUUUUGAAUGCAGAUGCUAGGAGGUCCUUGAAUAAGAUUGUGUACGUGGUUUUCACUCCUGCACUCAUGUUUGCAAGUCUUGCCAAGACUGUAACGUUGCAAGACAUCAUUUCAUGGUGGUUUAUGCCUGUUAAUGUGGGGCUAACGUUUUUAAUUGGAGGAAUAUUUGGAUGGAUUGCAGUAAAAAUUCUGAAACCUGGGUUACACCUUGAAGGCUUAAUUAUUGCUUCUUGCUCAGCAGCAAACUUGGGAACCCUUGUUCUGAUUGUACUCCCAGCAAUCUGCCAUGAGGAUGGCAGUCCAUUUGGCGAUGACCAUGCUGCUUGUUCUUCAAUCGGCCUUUCUUAUGCCUCUUUCUCCAUGGCGUUAGGGGGAUUUUACAUAUGGACAUACACUUUCCACUUGGUAAAGAGUUCAUCCAUAAAGUUUAAGGCACUAAUAGCCGCAGUUGAGGAGGCUGCAAGGGAUCCAAACAAGGACAUAGAAGCCGAUGUAAAAACUCAACUUCUUAAUGGAAAGAACGAAGGGUAUGAUGCACACAUCCAUCCUGCAUCUCCCAAAAAGGAAAGUGAGCUCCAUUUGCAGAAGAUAGUAGAAUUUCUACAUCAGAUUUUACAGGAAAUAAUGGCACCUCCUACUAUUGGUGCAGUUAUUGGACUCACCUUUGGAGCUGUAACUUGGUUUAGGGACCUUGUCAUAGGAGAUGGUGCUCCACUUCGAGUGAUCCAAGAUUGUCUCAAAUUGCUUGGGGAUGGAACAAUACCUUGUACCACCCUUGUACUAGGUGGAAACCUAAUUCAAGGAUUACGAUCAUCAAAAGUGAAGCCCUCUGUGAUCAUGGGAAUCUUAUUUGUCAAAUACUUGCUGCUUCCAGUGAUUGGAAUUGGAGUGGUAAAAGCUGCUGAUUGUUUCGGCUUCCUUCCACCAGACCCUUUAUAUAGCUUCGUGUUGAUGCUUCAAUUCACAAUGCCUCCGGCCAUGAGCAUCGGUACCAUGGCACAGUUAUUUGAUGUGGGACAAGAAGAGUGUGCAGUGAUAUUUCUUUGGACAUAUCUUUUUGCAGCACUUGCACUUACUUUCUGGUCCACAAUAUUUAUGUGGAUCCUAUCUUGAACAAAGAAUUAUAAGGGUAGUCACAUUAUUAUGAUUCACCAAACACUCAGAAAUAGACAUUUACCCUGAAAACAUUUGUCACAGAUAGUCAUAUUUCUAGUUAUCAGCGACUAGAAUUUUCAAAGUGACAAGGAAUUCGAAUAGGUGUAUAUGUAACUCUAUAUUGGGCUAACUUUCAACUCUAGAGCUGGUGCAAGAGCUUUGAUACAGAACCCCAGUGGCGAUAUAGUGUAUCGAAGAACAAGUUUAUCUUCUCUAACACUCUCACCUAUAUCUUAUCUUGUAGCCUUCUCUUUUGUUGGGGUGUCAAGGGGAAGGGCUGAUUUAUCGAUGUCAUGUAUCAUUGACAUAAAUAAUACUCCUAUUUCAUAAAAUUGAAGGGCCAAAUUUGGGUCAUAAUGAUGUGAUACACAAGGAGAGUUGGUUAACUUGGUUUAAAAUCUUUAAACACAACUCUCCAAACACUCAGUUUGUAAAACUAUGCACUCUUGAUUAUUAUUAUUAAUUUUUUUUAACAAAUAAUCAUUUACCCUCCCAAAACCAAUUAAAAAUAGUUUCCCCAUUACAUUCACUACUACUGCUAGAAUACUCUUUAUUUGUGGAGUUAUUUGAGAUGUAUCCCGUGGACCCGUGCAUUAUGACAUAUUCGCUAGGAGUGCAGCGAUAAUUGGAUGCACCCUGUUGUCAUAGUACAUUUGUAGUGCGAUAUCAA